UUAAGAUUUAGAGGAAGGAUGUGAAUUAGUUUUGUUAAGUGAUUCACACUUGAAUUCAUUCACCUCCAUACACACUGAAGCCUUGUAAGGACUAAGAAUUGCUGCAUUGACCAGAGGAAGAAAAUUAACAAAAGCUAUGGAGAACUCAACCCAAGUCAAGUUCUUUUAUCUCUUUGGCUUACAAGAGACAUUUAACAACAAAUCUAUUUAUUUUUUCUUGUCUCUUGUCACAUACCUUCUCAUCAUCACUGUGAAUCUGACUCUGAUCAUAACAAUCAUUCAGGAGAAAGGUCUCCAUGAGCCCAUGUAUAUCUUUCUGUGUAGUCUAUGUGUCAAUGGAUUGUAUGGAACUGCUGGUUUCUACCCCAAGUUCUUACUGGACCUUCAGUCAGAUGUUCAGGUGAUAUCUUAUGGUGGAUGUUUGACUCAAACCUAUGUAAUAUACACAUCUGUCCUGUGUGAAAUGUCUACUCUGACAGUGAUGUCUUACGACAGGUAUGUGGCAAUAUGCAGACCACUACUAUAUCAUACCAUUGUGACAUCUUUAACUGUUAGAAAGUUACUCUUAUUGUCUUGGUGUUAUCCUUUAUUCAUAUCACUAAUAGCACUUAGUUUAACAGCCAGACUUCCUUUGUGUGGAUCUCGCAUUGAUAAGAUCUUCUGUGACAAUCCAUCUAUACUGAAACAUGCAUGUUUACCCAUAACCAUCAAUCAGAAUUUGAACAAAUGUAUGGUUUUGGUUCAUGUUUUACAGUUACUUUUCAUUGUAUUUUCUUACUGUCAGAUUGUAAGGAAUUGUGUAAAGUCAGCUAAGGGAAGGAUUAAGUUCACACAGACAUGUGUGCCACAUUUAAUAACAAUAUUUAUUUUCAUCACAGUGACCCUGUUUGACACGUUGCAAGGGUGGAAUAAUGUAAAUAUUACACUAAAUAUGCGUAAUGCAAUGGCUGUACAAUUCCUUGUUAUACCACCUGUCUUUAACCCUCUCAUAUAUGGACUUAACCUCCAGAAGAUUCGAAGAGCAGUUUUCAGAAAGUGUAAUGCACAUAAAAUCAUUGAUAUGAAACGUUAGUUACAUGAUCUUACACAACAGGGAGACUUCGUCAUAUCAGAAGUCAACAAAAAUAAAGGUAAAAUCUGCUAAACUGUUGCUACGUUAAAUGGCGCCCAAUUCUUGAUACCUUUCGCAAGUUCCGCAACUUUGGUUUUAGAACUGUAAGGGGGGGACAUAACCUGGCAGGGGGUCUGGGGGCUCUCCCUAUAUUUUCUGGGGCAUCUAAUGCUAAUUUCCUGCAUUUCUACAACAAAAAUCUUGGUCAACCAAGCGUAGUCUUUUCUUUCGACCAAUCAAUCUGUCUAGAUUUUAAAACAUGUAUUUUUCCAUAUACAGACAUCUGAUGUGCCUUUUUAUCUUACCAUUUCUACCAACCUGCGUGAGAGUUAUGAUUUUCAAAGGCAAAUAUCGUGGAACACUUUCAUUUAAUUUAUAAUAGUCUUUGUAUCU